AUGGAGUUCUUCCACCAGGUGAUGGCCUGUCUCUAUUUUGGCCUGUUCAUCCCUGCUAUUGUGCUAAACGUUGUGACGUCCUUCAUCUCCUGGAAGCUGAAGGUCAAAUCUGCAUUCAUCGUCUACCUGAAGAGCCUUGUGGUGGCUGACUUCCUGAUGACCUUGAUGAUCCCACUGAAGGCUCUGAGCGAUUUGCCGGGAGCUUCUCUGGGGUUAAAGGUGCUCGGCUGCCAUAUUAGCUCAUUAUUCUACUUUUGUCUGUACAUGAGUAUCAUACUGAUGGGUCUCAUCAGCCUCGACCGCUUCUUCAAGAUCGUUCGGCCCGCUGGGAGACUGCUUGGCCAGAGCGCUCUGUUUGGCAGGGUGGCUGUCAUCAUUGUCUGGACUCUCUUGCUCAGUGUGAAUACCGUACCUAACAUGAUAUUCAACAGUGGAAAGCCUACAAAUGACUCAGCAGAGGUGUGCAUGUCCAUGAAGAGUGAGCUUGGGAAGCGCUAUCAUAAAGUGGUGACCUACGAUUGCUUCGGGAUUUUCCUGGUUGUCUCUGCCGUCAUGGGACUCUGUUACACAUGCAUCUCAAAGAGGGUCAUCACGUCGCACCGAACAUCGGGGAGCACGGCCGUAGAGGGACGACGAAAGAUCAAAGCGCGAGUGUUUGUCGUCCUGGCCGUGUUCCUGGUCUGCUUCGCCCCCUACCACAUCGUACGCAUCUUUUAUGCCCCAACGCAAGAGGAGAAUAAGCUCAGCUGCCACUGGGCGUUACUGAAGGUGGCUAAAAGCGUCACGCUGUGGCUCGCCACCACCAACGUCUGUCUGGACCCCCUCAUCUACAUACUGCUGUGCAAAGCCUUUCGGGAUAAGUUCUAUGAGUACAAGAUAUUUGGACAAUGGACUUCCAUUACCACAGCACUUUGA